AUGUCCGAAGAAGAAGAAGAGCGUUGUAUAUGUCAAAUCUGUGAAUGCGGAAACCACAAGUGUGCACAUGUGGAUGCUGACUGGUUUACGAGUAAGGGAAUCGGUGAAGCAGCUACUGAGUAUGGCGCUCAGUACCCUGGUAAAGAAGCGGUAAGAACGCGAGCAAUUCGACCAGCUGAGACGAUAGUUAAUUCUGGAGAAUUUAAUGGCGAAACGACAAACAAAGCGGAUUUCAAUGAGAAACAUGUCUCUAGAAAUCGGUCUUUCAAGCCAGUUGCAUCGCCAAUUCAAUCUGGCGAGUUUAACGGGGACACUACGAAUAAAUCGGACUUCAAUGUCAAGCAAGUGGAGAAGCAAAAAGCUUUUCGCCCUGUUCAGUCAACUGUUGGAGGAGGCGAGUUUACCGGGGUAACCACAAACAAAUCAGAUUUCGACAGAAAACAGGCUCAACGACAAACAGCAUUUCGUCCUGCUGAAGCUUCUUAUGGAGGCGGUGAGUUUACCGGAAACACGACAAACAAAGUGGAUUACGAUAGAAAAGAGGUCCAACGACAAUCAGCGAUUCGUCCCGCAGAAGCGACCUACGGUGGCGGUGAGUUCAUGGGAGACACGACGAAUAAAGUGGAUUAUGAUAGGAAGGAGGUUAGCUUCUAA